AUGGGCUGCUUUUUGUUUAAAAUGUCCAUUUGUGGCGUUCUUCCGUUAACUAGAGUUAGAAUACUAUCGCUCUUCACUUGUCUUGCAAGUCGUCGUUCAAGUGCAGCGCAACAACAACGACGUCGAAAAAGUUCCUCAGCAACAAAAAGUUCAGCAAAACAUUCACAAAAACAAAAUUUAAAAGAAAUAAUGAAAAGACCCUCCUUGCAAUUAACCUGGAAAGAUCGCUUCCUUUUGUGUAUUGGGUGGACAGAUCCGGCAAAAUUGGAAGCAAGAUUACGUGAACAAAUGAAAGAGAAUGAGAUGGAAAAAGGAAGAAGAAAAAUUGAAGAAGAGGAGGAAAGAGAAGAAAAAGAAGAACAACCACUCUUAUUAAAUGGAAGAAGAAAAACAAAAGGAAGAGAAAAAUUGGAAACAAAACAACAAUCUGUUGUGCUUGAAGAGGCAGAAUAUUCAGUUCCCUCUGGUGAAGAGGAGGAAGAACAGCCAGUGGGUGAUGUUGAAGAUGAAACAAUUUCCCCAAAAAUAUUACAAGAAACCCCAAACAACAACAAAAUAGAUAUUCGAAAAAAAUAUUUAAAUGGAAUUUUAAUUGGUGAAAAUAAUGACAGUUUUGAAGAUACAAGUAGAUUACCUUCAGCUUUAAGUCAAGGAAGUAAUAGCAGUUGUAGUCGAGUUAGUAAUCAACAACAACAAACACCUAACAUUAUUGUUAAUAAGUAG